AAGACGUGAUUGUGAAAACAGAUUCUGAUUCGAGGGUUUUAGAGAAUCUUAAAUAUUUAUUACAUAUUUACCGUUUGGGUAGGAAAAUAUUUGUAUAUUGAUUUAUGUUUCUUGAAUGUGUUGUGAUAAUGUAAUAGAUCUUUACUUUCUGAAAUGGAAACAAAUGCAAAUCAAAAGGUAUCCUGCAUAGCAAAUUACUCAUAUGAUGCAUCCGAGCCUGAUGAGUUGACAAUCAGACCAGGGGAUAUCCUGCGUGACGUGGAGCGGUUGCCUGGUGGCUGGUGGCGCGGGGAGCUACGUGGCCGCCGCGGCAUGUUCCCUGAUAACUUUGUAUCAGUCCUCACCGACUCGGCCACUACAAGGUCGGCCGGCAUCCAGGGCCGUUGCAGGGCGGUGUUUAGUUAUCAGCCUGCUAAUCCUGACGAACUGCCCCUUUGCGUCGGUGACGUCCUGGAGGUGCUGGGGGAGGUAGAAGAGGGGUGGUGGCAGGGCCGACGUCAGGGGCGCGUUGGCGUCUUUCCUUCCAACUUUGUGGUGAUGCUCGAGCCGCAACAACCGGCGCCGCCGUUUGAGCCCGCACCUGCUUUACCUCCUAAACCGGUGAAGGAGUUAUGCAGAGUGCUUUACCCGUAUGCGGCAGUUAACGACGACGAGCUUACGUUGUCCGAGGGGGACAUAGUGACUAUAGUGUCUAAGGAUGCGCCCGAUCGCGGGUGGUGGCGCGGCGAGUUGCACGGUCGCGUAGGCUUGUUCCCGGAUAACUUCGUGCAGUUGCUGCCUGCCGGAGCACCUGAAUUAGAUGAGAAGAAACAAGAUAGACCACCGUCGAAAACAAAUAAUGCUAUCUACCCUGUCCUUAACAAGUACUCAGAGAAAACGGCUUCAGUUAAGGAAUUGACCACUUCUAAAAUAAGUUUGCACAAAGAAAACACAAUAAGCAAGGAGACAAGCACACAAAGUACAGUCACACACACAAACAAGAAUGAAUCUGAAAAGCUUAUACACAGUGAAUCUGUCAACGAUGGGACAUUAGAUGGACAAGUAAAGAAACCUCCAGUGCCAUUGAAGAAAAGUCCAACACCGACUGCAGGUGUCGGCGGCUUGUUCAGCGGACUGAAGAGUAAAAUUAUAUCUACUACCGACAAGGAAAAGUCAUCUUCGACAACAGUGAGUAGCGGCAGCAGUAGUGGGGGAGAAUACGACCGCACGGACGGUUUGGCUGCGAGCAAACCUAACGCCAGUGCCAAUGCCAACGCCAAUACUAAUGCUAACGCCAAUGCUAAUACAUUUGACCACGUCGAGAGGAAUUCUAUACUUAACGACCCACGUGCUGGCAGAGUGAAAGCUCCUAGACGCCGACCUCCAAGUCAGGCAUUACGCGACGAUACUCCACAACAAAUAGGACUCAGCAAUGGCCACGAAGUUAAAUUAGAAUCUUCAGAAAAAUCAGUGGUGGAUAAAGCGGACGAAAUAAAACCACGCGCUCGUGAAUGGGAGAAACACAAAGCCCCUUGGAUGGAAGAGCUCAAACUGAACCAGGCCAAGAAGACGGGACUCGCGGAACAAAGACGGGCUCCAGCUGCCGGCAGCACGGAUAGGAUUUUGGAUAUUGGCUUGGAUGAGAAACGAUCGACACAUUCCAUGGAGAUGUCAAAGAGCACUUCGUCUAUCAGUAGUCGAAUGUCAAUAUUAGAAAGUUUCGAUGAGUCAACAAAAGUGCGACAUUCUUUAGACUCUAAGAAAGAUGCGACGCAGAGGGAAGAACUACCGCCUAAACCCACCAUACAUUCACCCACCGCUGCAGGUCGGACGUUAAUGACUAUGUUAGACGAAAUAAAGAAACCCCAAGCUCCGCCCCCUCCAGUAGCAUCAGUUAGACCCACCGCCGAAACUAUAGACAAAUCACCUAACAGUCGGACAGAAAAGACAGAGAAGACUGUUAUCACGACAGAGAAGAUCGAGAAUUUAGUCAACAGAUCUUCAGGCUUAUUCGAGAAGUCCAACACUAUAGAACGUAUAGAGAAAGUAGAAGAGACUACAGAGAAACCGACUUUGUCCAGUGGUGAUAAGAGUGGUUUCAACACGUUAGAGAGACGUCUGCUAUCUAUGAAAUUAGAUAGGGUCGAGAAGAAUGAGAUACCCGUUAAAGACGAGAAAGAGAAAAACGAAAAGAGUGAAGGAACUGACGUGUUAAUUGCGCAACUUAACAGUAGGAUAUCAAAUUUGGAGAAGCUCAUUGAAGUUCAAAACUCGAUGUUCAAAACCGCCCUAGAAGACCUCACCACUAAACUAAAAGCCGAGUCAGAGAAGAGGCAAGCCUUACAGUCGGAGAUCGAGAAACUAGCACAUUGUGUCACGCAAGUGUAG